UUCUGUUGUGCGUGCAAAAGUCCCGUUUUCCGUUCGCCACCUAGUUUACCCUGCAAUACCACCGAUACAAUGGACCUGCGCAUGUGGCGAAAGAUCCUCGUCCGCUGGAUCGUCGAGUGCCAGUUCAUCGACCACAACUUCAUCACUUUGGAGCAGUCGGACAUCGAGGCCUUCUUCUUGAUCUACAUCCAGAAUGCCCAGGAGGCGCAGGAGGGGGCUGGGGAGGAGGAGAAAGAGAAAAAGGAUGAGGAGACGGAGGCGGAGCAGGCUCAGCCCGUGGAACUCCGCUCGCCCCUGGCGGCGUUCCUCCGAGAGCAUUACCCGGAGUUCAGUGCCCACAUGAGUAGCCAUGGGCACCUGGUGAGCUCGGACUACGUGUUCGUGUACACGCUGCUCCUGCAGUACGCGUGCGUGAAGCGUCCCAGCAUGAUCUUCCACAGCAUUUGCCAGCGGCUGCCCGCUCCCAUGCAGCAACCGAUGGCCAAUCUCCUGGACCAGACGACUAAGGUACAGCAGCUGACGCGCCAGAAUCUCCGCCAGAUAAUCGCCAAUGUGGUGGUUGAGAAGGAGAACGGCGACUCCCCAGUCAGUCCAUGUCAACCCAGCAGCAGCAUCUCCCGGAGUCCCGAACAGCUGGCCAUGGAUAACACACCUGGCAGCUCCUCCUCCUCCUCCAUGGCCGCCACAUCGCCUCAGCCGCCGACCAGCACGCCACAGCAGGCCUACCACCAUCGCGAUCGUCUGCGCGUCCAGGUUUCGGGCAGCGACAUGCCAAUGCCAGCUCCUUCGACUCCCCGGACGGAGCUACUGGAGCAGCGAACACGGGAGCUGCGCGGUGUUCGCGCCCAGCUGGAGGUCGUGCGCUACGAGAAGGUGGUGCUCGAGGAGCAGCAGAUGGAGAAGGAGGAGUUGAUCAAGACGCUAAACAAAGAUUUCAUGGCCACCCGCAAUGAACUGGCCAAACUGAAGAAUGCCGCCCAAAAUGUUGAGGAGGUCGAUGUCACCGCCGAAUGCACGCGAAAUGAGUGCGAUCAUCUGAAGCGAAGCCUGCUCAGGGAAAUCAGCCAGAAGGAGGCCAUUAUAACCGAAUCCAGCGAUAAGUUGCAGGAUUUGUACGCCGAAAAGUCCGAGCUGGCCGAGCAGUUAAGGGAGACGGGUCAAAGCCUUCUCGUGUGCGUGGACCGCAUCCGCGAUCUGGAGGCGCGCCUGGAGGAACUCAGCCGAAUCGCAUCUCGCAGGGAAGAUGCGAUCAACUCCCUUGAGCGCGACAAGCAGGAGUUGGAUCGUUGUCUUCAGGAGGCGCGCGAGGAGUUGCACAAUCGGCGGGAGGUCCUUAACGCAUCAUCGGACCUGCUCAACUGUUCCCUGUCGCCGAACACCACGCCCGAGAAUCUGGCCAGCUCGGUAAUUGACAAGCAGUUGCGCGAGAAGGAGCACGAGAACGCUGAGUUGCGGGAGGAGCUCCAGCAGCAGAACGACUCUCUGCUGGACCUGAGCGAGGUCAUGGUGGGUUUCCUGCAGAGGCACAACGUCGAUCAGGCUGAGGUUCUUAUGCCAGUGACGCUGGAAGAGCAGCAGACUGCUCCCAGCAUUUCGACGAUCAAGAGUAUUUUUCUGGAGGCGGUGGAAAAGGCCACGCGGUUGCAGGAACAGUGCGACAGUCAGGCUGCGAAUAUCGAUGAGCUGCUGCAGAAAAGCCAAUCGCUAGCUCAAUCGCUGGCUGAACAGGAGGAGCACUUGGUCAGUGCGAAGGCCAGAAUCGAUGAGCUGGAGCAGGAGGCUGCGGAAGCCAGUCGUUACCAUGCCAGCGAACUGGAAAGAAGACAAAAGCAGUGCAAGAACACACGUGAAAUACUGGAAAAACAGAAUCACAAUCUAACUGCCGAACGCGAUGAGCUCGAGAGAUUAAUAGUCAAGGGAGACGCGCACCUGGACGAGAUACAGAGGCAGCUGGACGAGAAAGAAGCCCAGAUGACCGACUUGGGUGUCCAGAUUCGCGAGCUGCGCGUCAAGAACGAGUCUCUCGAAACGCGGAUCAGCACGAUCGAGGCGGAAAGGGACAGCCAGGAAAGCCGUUUGCAGCAGGAGCAGCUCCACCAGCAGCACUUGCGAUCCAAGUACGACCUGUGCCGCAGCCAGCUAAACGACGCGCACGCGCAGAUCGAUGACUUGACCAGCCAACUGAAUGCCCACAAAGUGAUGCUUGCCGAGAAGCUGAAAGAGGUGGAAGCUAGCAAUGCUCUCCUAACUAUGUCCCUUAAGCUUAACGAGGAUGCGAAGGUGGUCCACGAGAAGGAGCAGGCAAAGCUUCAGCUUAGGAUGGAUGAACUGAGCCAGGAGAAGGAGCAGCUUCAGGUUAAGAUGGAUGAGCUGAGGAAGGAGAAGGAGCAGGAACAGCUUCAGCUUAAGAUGAGCCAUCAAAAGGAGCAGGAACAGCUUCUUUUUAAGAUGGAAGAGCUGAGCCAGGAGAAGGAGCACCUUCAGCUUAGCCAGAAGGAGGAAAAGGAGCAGCUUCAGCUUAAGAUCAAUGAGCUGAGCCAGGAGAAGGAGCAGGCGCAACUCCAGAUAGAUGAGCUAACCCUGGAGAAAGAGCAGCUCCAAUUAAGCCUAAAGAAUGAGCAGGAACAGCUUCAUUCUAAGUUCAACGAGCUAAGCCAGGAAAAGGAGCAGCUUCAGCUUAAGAUGGACGACCUAAGCCAGGAAAAAGAGCAGCUCCAGCUUAGCCAGAAGGAGGAGAAGGAACAGCUCCUGCUAAGUCUAAAUAAUGAGCAAGAACAGCUUAAUCUUAAGAUCAACGAGUUGAGCGAGGAGAAGGAGAAGGCACAACUUAAGAUAGAGCAACUCCAGCUUAGCCUAAAUAAUGAGCAGGAACAGCUCCAGUCUAAGAUCAACGACCUGAGCCAGGAAAAAGAGCAGUCACAGCUUCAACUGCAGCUGAAGAUAAACGAAAAGGAGCAGCUUCAGCUGACGAUAGACGCGCUGAGACAGCAGCUGAGCAACUUGAGCCAACAGACGGACGGUUUCCUCAACCGCAUUACUGGCCUCAUAAGGGGCAACAAUGCCGUUAGCUCGAUGGUCAUCAGCUCGACGGGAUCGGGGGAGCUAAGCGAUCGUUUCGAGGACAUUGAGGCGUUGCUCAAGCAGCAGACACUCGCGUUCGACACUCUGGAGACGCAGGUGAAUGACUUGCUAAGCCAACUGGCCGUACUUUGUCGAAGCAAUGCAGAGAUCCUCCACGAUAGUCAGCUAUUGGUGACCAAGCGCAACCAUGAUGAGCAGCAGCGGGCGCAAUUGGCCCAAACACUGGAACUCACAGCCGAGAAGCUGCGUGCCGAGAUAGAUCUACAGGACGCGGAGAUUGCCAUGAGGGAUCAGCAGGUGGCCGGAAUGGAGAAGCUCCUGAAGAAAGCAAUGGAAAAAGUAGAAGCUCGCCUUCUGAAAAUCUCUCCCAGCUCGGAAUUCCCGGGAUGCACUGAUGUGCAGAGCCCCCAGCAGAUUCACCACUGGAUGGAUCACUUUUUCGAUUUGCACGAUCAAAUAUUAGCCAGUCGUGAUACUCUGGAGUCGCGCUACCAGGCCAACUCGAAGCUAACCGAUCAGUUGGCUCGUUCCAAGGAGCAACUGGAGCAGCAGGUGCAACUGCUGCAGGAUCGAGUCCAUGCCAACGAUCAGGGGCCGGUGGUCAAGCAGCUGAGCGACACCAUUGCCAAUCUGGAGCAGGUGAACGACAAGCUGAGCAAGGACAACAUGAAGCUGCAUAGCCUGCAGCUGGAGAUGAGCCAGACGGUGGCCAAGAAUGCCAGCGAAGUGGAGCGUCGGUCGACCAAAAUUGCUCAGUUGGAGGCCUCCGACAGGCGGAGAUCCAGCGAUCUGUUCGAUUGCCGCAGGAAGCAGGACGAACAGAAGGCUGAGCUGCGCGCGAAGGACGAGAAAAUGGCCGAGAUGAAGGAGAUGUACGAGAAGCAGAUUGAGGAGCUCAAGGCUACAAGCGAUCAGCGCUGCAAGGAACUCGAAAAGGAGACGGAGGGCGGCAAUCAGGAUUUGCUGGGUAAUCUCAAGGAAAAUGAAGAUAAGUUGGCCAAGCAGGCGGUUGAGCACAGUCAACUUUUAAAGGCAACGAAAGAAGAGUGCGAGCUGCGUUGCCAAGAGCUCGAAAAGCAGUUGGCGCAGAAGGAUGAAGAGCAGUCUAGGCUAAAAACCUUGGAAGCGGAAUGCCAACAGCGUUGCCAGGAACUCGAGAAGCAGCUAGCGGAGAAGGAUUCGCAGUCGGCGAAUCUCGUCAGCGAGCACGAGACCGCCGUUCAGUUCAUCAAAGCGGAGCUGGAGGAGGCUCGCUACCAGGAGAAUCAGAUGCGCAUCCAGGACAAGGAACUCCGCCAGACCAUCGAGACGCACAAGCAGCUGCUCAGAGAGUCCACCUCCGAUCUGCAGGAUGCUCGCCUCCAGGAGGCCAACCUGCGCCAAACCAUUGCCACCCACAAGCAACUAAUGCUGGAGGGCGGCGGAUCCGGCGGAGACUCCAGCGAGGAGCUGUCCAGCUUGCGUUCCAAACUCCAGGAGGCAGAAAAGCGGGCCGAGCAGCUUAAAACCAAGCUGGACAAGCAAACGAAGGAGCUAUCGAAGGUCAAGGCAGCUAAACAAGAGGAGGAAAGGAAGGAGCAGCAACAGGAGGAGCUGAGCGAACUUAGGGGCGACUUGGAAAGCGCUGAAAGUCGCUCCGCGGAAUUGCAAACCUUAUACGACGAUGCCACCGAGGAGAUAAUCAGCUUGAGCAAUAAACUCGUGGAGGAGGAAAAGCGUGCGGAACAGCAUAAGCUAGAACUUGGCCAGCUGAAGGAACAGCUGGCAAUCGCUGAAAACUCCACGAAGGAGUUGCUUAACAAACGGGAGGAAGAACAGAACUUGCCAACUGAGGUGAAUGCCCAGCUGGAAAUCACUGAAAGCUCCGCGAAGGAGUUGCUCAGCCUGCGUUACGCACUGGUUACGCACAAACUGGCGGAAGAACAAAAGCUGACGGAGGAGCUCAAAGACGAGCUGAACAAACGACACCUGGAGCUGGGCACCGAAGCAAGUCGCAGGGCGGAACUGAACGUGCUGUACGACAGCGCCCAAAAGGAGCUAAUCGGUCUAAGGACUAAGCUCCAGGAGGAACAAAAGCUAAGGGAUCAGCUGGAAGAAGAGCUGAUGCAGCAACAGAAGCAGCUGAGUGAUGAUGCCUCUAAGGAGGAGCUUCUCCGCCUGCAGAGCAACCUUCAGAACGAACAAACCCUAACCAAUGAGCUCAAGGAGCAGCUGAGCAAGGCCCAACUGGAAGCCAGUCGAACUGCGGAACUAACCGCUUUGUAUGACCGCUCCGAGCAGGAGCUAUUCCGUCUGCACUCUAAGCUGGAGGACGAGGAGAAGCAUACGGAGCGGCUUAAACGAGAGCUGAAGCGGCAAAGCGCAGAGCUGGCCAACGCGGAGAAUAAUGCUAAACAGACUCAAAAUCAGGCUGAACUCGAAACGCGUGCUUCGAAUUUAUCACUCGAAAGGGAUACUCUGCAGCGGGAGAUUCACCUGGUCAAGGAGCGUUUAAUCAGGGAAGAGCGCGAGUUCCAGGUGAAACUGGCCACUCUAGAGGACGACAUAGAAACCUUGGAGGCGCAGCGGGAUCAGAUGAAGGCAGAACUUUCCCAAGCCACCGCAUUAAUCCAGGAGAAGGAUGAGAAUAUCUGUAAACUAAACGAGCAGCUUUCGAAGCAGCAACUUGAGAUUGAUAGCCAGUCCAAGGAAAUGGCAGAAACCAAUCGACAGUUGGCGCAGCAAGCUAACGAGGUCUUGGAACUGAUGGCUCAGCAGGAGCAGAUGAAAACCGAGCUUUCCAUUGCCUCCGCGUUGCUUCAGGAGAAAAAUGAGAAUAUCUGUAAACUGAAGGAGCAGCUAGAGACGUUGGAGAAGCAGCGGGAUCAGAUGAAAGUCAAUCUUUCCGAUGCCACCUCAUUAAUCCAGGAGAAGGAUGAGAAUAUCCUUAAACUGAGGGAGCAGCUAGAGAUGUUGGAGGCGCAGCAGGAGCAGAUGAAAACGGAUCUUUCCAAUGCCACCUCAUUAAUCCAGGAGAAGGAUGAGAAUAUCUGUAAACUGAAGGAACAACUUUCAAAGCAGCAACUUGAGAUUGAUAGCCAGUCCUUGGAAAUGACCCAAACCAAGCGACAGCUGGCGGAGAAGGCUGACGAGGUGUUGGAACUGCAGGAACGCCUGGCAAUUGUCGACGAGUUGCAGCAACGCCUGGAGUCUGAGGUCGCCGGACGUAAACUGGCCCAGCAGCAAUUAGCCGAACUCAACGAGCGGCUAGCCGAUGUCCAGCAGGAGUUGGAUGGCACACGUCUUAUCCAUGAUGCCUGUCAGUUCGAGCUGGAGGAGAAGACGCGAGAGAUCGAGGUCAGUCGCGAGGAGGCCGAGCAGCGCAUUCGUGGCUAUCAGGAGCGAGUGGAGCAACUGGAACAGCAGGUGGUUCAGUGCAACGAGGAGCUGGCCGAGCUGAGAUUGACCAACGUCGGUCCGAGUGAUCUCGGCGCCACCUACAGCAAGGCGGAUGGCCCCGAAUCCGAUGUCAAUCUUGGCCAGCUGCGCCCGGAGGAGGCCAACAGCAAGCUGGCCCUGGACUGCCAGAUUCUGCAGGCCAAGUAUCGCGAUGCCAAGGACGAAAUCCAGCGAUGCGAGCAGAAGAUCAAGGAUCAGCGUCUCGAGAUGGAGGGCAAGCUGGACAAGAUGAAGUCCAAGAUGCGCUCCCUGUACACGGCGGAGGUGACGCGCAUGAAGGAGAAACAGGAACGGGAUGCGGCCAAAAGUGCCGCUGAAUUGGAGGCCUUGACAGCCCAGAAUGCCAAGUACGAGGAGCACACGCGCAAGCUGUCCAACCAGAUUGUCCGGCUCAACGAGAAGGUGCUGGAGCAACAGAAGCAGCACGCCAUCAUCAGCACCAAGUUGCGCCACCUGCAGAUGCAGCCAGCCGUCAGCGAGGCAAAGGGGAUUAGUAGUUCUUCAGCGGCUGCAUCUUCGACUGAGGAUUGGCAGCCCUUCAAGCGACCCAAUGCUCCAUCCUCCAAUUUGGCCAUGGAAGAUGAGGAGGGCGAGGUGUUCAACAACACUUAUUUGACGGAUUUAAAACUAGGACGUGUUCCCACAGACAUGACGGCGGAGGAACUUAUAUACAGAAACUCAUUGCAGCCGCCGCAUCUGAAGAGCACCUAUGCGGCCCAGUACGAUCUGGGCAGCCAGGACGAGGAUCUUAAAGACGGACCGCACAGUCUUGACGACAGCAUGAGUGCGCUGCUGAGUUCUUCGAGCACCGGAGCUCGCAAAAAGUCCAUGGGCACGCACUACAAGCGACCUGGACCACCGACGCCGAGCAAGAACGGCGGACGUUUGUCCUUUGGCAGCUCAGAGCCACCGCGCGAAAUCCUGCGGGAAUUUGGCGGCGACCAUCACAACCACAAUAGCAACACCUCCAAGACGCCCGCGCGCUUCAAGUUCCUCACCCAGCGCUUCAGCGUUGGCAGCAGCACGCUGCCCCGGGACGAGCUGCCGCAACGCAAGCGGUCGACCCUUCUGACCGGAAUACAGCGACGUAGGUUCCGCCAGGCGGUGGGCUUGUUUUGCACAUCGACGCCUCGCAAGAGCCGCUCCUACUACGAUCAGCAGCGUCUGAUCCGCGCCAGCGAUGCGGAGGUCGAAGAGGAGGAGGUGGAGGUGGAAGAGGAGGAGGAGAUAAUGGAGGAACCAGGAGCUGACCAGCAGGGCACUCCGCACUUGUCCACUGCAGCGCUAUUGGCCCUCACCAAGGGCAACACUCGCCGACUGACUAACCAUGGUCAAGCGAAGAAUCGCAAGAGUCGCGCUUCACUCUGCCUGCAUGGUAAUAUUUUCUGCGCCAAAAGUCGACCGGUGGCCUUGAAGGUGACCUCCUCCGGUGGUGGCAAGCGACUACAGCAGCGCCGCAAGUUGCGCCAGGAGCGGAUGGGUCGCUUCGAUCAGGCCCGUCAACUCGACCAGAUGUACUCACCUGAAUCCCCAGCGGAGAACAACAACUACAGUUUGCAUAAUCGCAAUGAGGAGCAGCAGGAGAAACCGCUAAUGGGUCAAACGAUGGUGCUGGAGAAGCGGAGUCUGGCGGCCACUUUCAGCGUGGAACAGCACAGCGGCGAGACCUUGGAGCAGCUGCAGUUCGAGUCGGAGAACCAGAUGGCCACCACCUGGGCAAUGGCAUCGGCGGAUGAGACGCAGGAAGUGUGGCAUUUCGAGCAGCUGUGCCAGGAAACCGAAUCCACGGCGCCCUUCCAACUGCAGCCGCUCAACUACAAGCAGGAUGAGCUGAAAUUGCCGCAGCUAGUCCGAUCCUGCAGCAACAUCACCGAUGCCAGCGGCACCACCAACAUGACCAGCACCUCGUCACGCGGCUCCUGCACCACCUACUCGAUGGCCAGCGUGCACAUGACGCCCAUACCGCACAUCAAUAUCACCUAUGUCCAGCCGGCGGGCUCUAACCGAACUAAAUCCACGUCCAACCGCUCGCUCUCGUCUCAGUGCCUCCGAAUCCUUGGACGCCUGAGUCUCGGCGAGCGGCUGAUCGUGGGCUUGGCUCUGAUGGUCGUGAUGCUGGGCCUCUUUCAGCUGGAGCACAGAUCGAUGGUGCUGGCCCUCACCGUUGUCCUCGCUGCCAUGGUUUUGAUCCUGCUGACCACUCGCAAUUAGAAUUUAUA